AUGACAGAAGGAAAGCCAAAAAAAAAACAAAUCGAUGUCGAUGACUUUAUGCGCCUGCCGGUGAUCUUCUACAACUCGAUUGGUGUGCGGCCAUUUGAAAUUGUUGGAAAAUCAGGAAAUUGGAUUCAUUGGUAUUUCGGGAUCAGUGUUAUUAAUAUGUCAAUAGUUCUGACAAUGCAAAUAAUCUUUGUGGUGACUUCAUUUCGUGAUAAUGGAGACAUUCUUUUGACUUGCAACAUUAUGGCAUUCAUAGCAUGUGUGACAGUCGGAGUCCUAAAGAUCAUUGCUAUUCAAAUGGAGUCGCGUGAAAUGACCAACUUGGUGGGACAGUUCAAGUCCUUUUCUCCAUUACCAAGUGAAUGGCAGGAGCCAUAUUUAAGAAGAUGCAAAACCGUCACAUUGGGUUUUGGGGGUCUAUUUUCGAUUAUGCUCUUCAUACACAGCAUAUCACCCUUUGUACAAUAUGCUUUUCAAUCAUGGUGGCUGCACUUACCAAACGUCGCUAGAACUCUGCCCUUUGUGUCCAUGGCUCCUUGGGAAUGGCGCAAAAGUUGGAGAUACUAUCCAACAUACUUGCUACAAAUGAUCGCCGGAUAUACAGCAGUUUGUGGUCAUAUAGCCGCCGAUCUUACAAUCUUUUCUAUGACUAUGCUGGUCACUAUGCAUUUCGAUAAAUUGACUGAAAGUCUGAGGAACUUUGACAUUCGAAAUAACCGCAUUAGCAAUGGAGCUGAAGAGGAUCUGAAAGAACUGCGACUAACUAAUGUUGUAAACAAGGUCUUUGGAAUACCGUUGCUGUUAAAUUUUGUAUCCUCAUCAGUGCUAGUUUGCCUGGUGGGCUUUCAACUGACCCUUGGAAUCAGUAUUGAUUAUUUCUUCAAGCAGCUGGUAAUAAUAGUUGCUCCACUACUUGAGGUCUAUCUACUUUGUCACUUCAGUCAGAUGCUGAUCACUGCGGUCUGUUAA